CCCUCCGAUUUUACGUACCGCCAUGUGCAUCCGGGCGAGGAGCUCACCAAUCCAACGUAUGGCGAGGUUAUAUGCACAGCAAAGGGAAAGUUUGUGGUACGAGGAGGGACGGCAAUUCUGGAAUUAUAACCCUCAGGCGAGGUGAUAAAGACCUCAACACCCAAUCCUUUCAUUCCGUAUGAGGAAGAAGACCACCGAAACAAUAUGCGCCUGGAAGCCGAGAUUUACCAGGCACUCGGCGAAUGUGCUUCGAUUCCAGGAUUGAUCAACUGGAAUCCGUUGACGUAUUGCCUGACAUUGGAAUAUCUGGAGCAUGGAAACCUUCGGGAAUAUGUCAGGAGUAAUUCCGAAGCCCUGACACCCAGCCUGCGCCACAAAUUGGCGGGGCAAGCCGCUGCUGGUCUCCGCGUUCUUCAUAAUGCUCAUAUUAUCCACUGCGAUAUCUCCCCACGGAACUUCUUACUAGAUCAUGAACUAAACUUGAAGAUCUCGGACUUUGCUGGCUCUUCGUUGCGCGGUUCUCUCGCAUCCGCAUAUGCGAACACGCGCUAUCGCCAUCCCAAGUACAAAUGGGACGACCCUCCCCAUUACCAGGAUGACAUAUUUGGGUUGGGGUCAUUGAUCUAUUUUAUUAUGACCAAGCAGUACCCCUAUGAGGAGGUCCCGAGUGACGAAGUUGAGGCGAAAUAUGGAAGUUCACAAUUUCCGGUGUCAGCAGCAUCUCAUGCGGCACUAUUAUUCAACAGUGUUGGCACCCGGAAGUGACUGCAGCUUAGGUUUGUGACUUCUUUAAACAGCAAUCCCCUAGAUACCAAACAUGUGCUCGCCUUCCAGGAUAGGCUUCAGAGGUCUCUUGACUUCACAGCAACUUACGCCUCUGCCGGUGUGGACUUAUCUAGGGUCUAUCCCGGCAUACCCCUCAUCUCUCUGCAAAGGGCAGCGGGUUCGACUAAUUCUUUGGCCGAGAUGCUUUUUCUUAGAGAUUUGCACGCCGUUGUCGACUCUCGAGGCGUAGUGGGGGCAGCCGUCGGUAAUCACAUCCCAAGAGACUCUGUUGCAUGUAGCAGUACAGGUGUUAAUCCCG